AUGGACUUAAAGCUGUACUAUAAGAACUUUUGUUUGUGAUUUUCACUUUUUGCCUUCCACUUUCUAUUCGGCUUUUCUCCAGGUGCCACUCGUUCUGUGGAAUCUGCUGUGCUAUACCUCUCUCAACUAGGCAAAUCAAGUCUGGCUGCUAGUCUGUUUUUAGCCUAUCGUUCUGGUCUAUUAGAUCAGGCAUCAUCACGCGACGUUCGUCAAGAGGGAAGUCAGCUUAUUUAUCUUGGCCGGCUAAGUCUUGCUUUUCAUCAGGGCCUGCUGGAAGCUGCAGCCGACUGGUAUUGGACCGUGGUCUGGCAGACUGCCCUCUGGCACCAGACUCGAAUGCGUCAGUUGGCGAAUCCAACCUCACCCUAUGAUGACAGGUUGUCCUUUAUUGAACUGCUUAAAAGUCGUAGAAAGUCAAUUAACAUGUCUGAAACGGCGCGCACCAGAAAACCAAUUGGCCAAUACCCGCGGACUGAUGUCUAUGCCAGGAUCAAGGCUAUCACUCAGUCAAGUAAAUUUUAA